AGCACUAAUCCCGACACUGAUAAAUCGUUGAACAUUACACGACUUUGCAGAGAGUUAUUGCUUGGCUCGAAUUUACAUUUAUCCACUCUUGCCCACGUUCCAUCGCGAUUUGUUCCUGAACUAGAAAUACGAGCAACAGUCAUCUCAAGAGGAGCAGAGACAUAAAAAAUGAGUAAAAAUAUUGAACAAGAUCAAUCACCAUUUACAAUACCAUCAAAUGUCCAAUUGUUUGGAUUUUAUCAAUGGAGUGAAGCUAAAAGACGCAGCAAAAAAGAAAAACAGCCUGGCAAGAGUGCGACUAAGUAUGUAAAAAAAAAUCUUGGGUUAAAAAAAAAUGAAGCUUCAAUAGCAGAGCCAUUAGCAAUUACUGACAUCGAUCCUGGCUACUUCACUGAUCUUGCCGGUCGUCCUAUCCGUGAAAAGUUUUCAAGACGAAGAUAUGUCGAGCAAGUGAACAAAGUAUUGAAGACUAAGCUUCUUGCAGGUUAUAACAGAGAUCACUGUAUAAGGAUUGAUGAGCAGUUUGAUCAAGAGAAGAAUAAAUUCAAUGACAUUGAAGAUCGCUAUCGAGAGUACAGUAGCACAUUUGAAGAAUAUUUGUCUCACGAUCAUGAAGAAAGUAUGAGGGUGUUGGAAGAAGCCGAUCAGGAAGCUCGAAAUAGCAGCAAGAUGAUCUCAAAACGCGACAGAUUGUUGAAAGAAUUUGGACAAGUUCGGUUGGAAGUGUAUCAGUGGCGAGAAAUGUGGCGAAAUGCCAAAAUGUGUCAUGAGUUUGUCCGAAAAAUUUUCGCUCCCCCUGAAUUCAAUGCUUCUGUUUAUAAAGAUGAUAAAUCGAUGCAUUCCGAGGGUGAAUCAAUUGUUGAUGAGGACCCGGCUGCCAAGUCUUCUUUGGAGUGUCUCGUAGAAACAUUCGAGAAGGAGAUCAGCGAUAGCAAUCUUGGCCCUGGAGAAAUACCAGUUGAGUGUCCUCUGGAGUUGUCACGGAUUUUUUCUGAAAUUGAAUCACGGAAUCUUGACGCGCUUAUUCAUCUAGAGUCGCUGGCGAAGCCUAUGGAGGAGCUGACGACUGACGUUGCUAAAACUGGAGAAGAUAUUAAGAAAGAAAUUGGGAUUAUUGAAGAAAACAUUCAGGACCUUGAAUCUCUGAUCGAAGCUUGCGAACAAAGAGGAGCUAAUCUCAGGGCUUACGCGGAUUAUCUUCUGCAGCAAGUAUUUCGAGAACUUGUGAGCUCAGAAUCAGUCCUCUAUCUCCAAGUCUUUAUCGAGGAUGCGUAUGAAAGCUGUGUGGGACCAAAUAACGGCAAGUUGGACGCAUUCACUAUGAUGAGAACAAUCGAGAAGACUUACGAGAGCCUCAAUAUGACUCUCGACAAGCUCCCCAAGGAGAUUGUCAGGCAGUGUGAAAAAGAAGGCUUCACGCAGGAAAUGAAAAUGAUGCGAGAAGCUGAGGAUGCUGCUCAAAAGUUCAAUCUGAUGCAUCGACUGCUCGCUGCACUGGAGCGAAUAAUGGAACCUCCUGAAUUGAAUAUAAAAAGUAAAUCUCAAGAUAAAGAUGGUGAUAAAUCAUCCAAGCGUAAAUCAUUGGUAUCAACACUGCCGACAUCAUCUCGCUCGUCUAUUACUUCGAGGCAAAAAAAUUUACAACUAAAGCAGCUAACAAUGGCCAAAAGAUCUCCUGAAUUUUUAGGUAAUGAUAAAUCCCUGGAUCAAGAAAUCAAAGAUCUGGCUUUUGAAAUAAAAAAACUUGCCAAAGAUUAUCUGCCGGCAGAAAAUCUGUCUACAGAAGAACGACAUGACUGUCGUGAUGAAAUUUAAUAAUUGCUUUGUCAAUCUGGUUAAUUAAAUUAUCACUGAAUUUAUAUAAAUAGUAUAAAUUUUGUCCUUAUAAGUAGUCUGUAAAAGAAGCGUGUAAUUCAUAGCGUGGGAUGUGGGGAAAAGGAAAUGUCUUGCAUCACGCAACAUGCGUAGGCGACCAAUGUUCCGGUUUAUAAAGAACGACUUCUCGCCUUUAUUAUAUAAAAAUAUAAUCAAUAAUUUUAUACUUUGUAAAAUUUAUCAGUUGAUAUAUUUAAAAAAAAAAACUGCAGUCCAAAUAUUACUUUAUAAUACUUACUAUUAUGAAUUAAGAGCGUUAAUGAUAAAUAAUUCGUCUACAUAAUAAAUAUUAUCGAUAUACCAAUAAUUAUAAAAUUUCAUUGUUGCUUUAUAAUUGUUCCUAUUUAAUAAUUAUUAUUAUCAAUUAAUCAUUGAUUGGUUUAAACUCGAGAUAAAAUAUUAAGACCAAUAAACACAACAAGGGCAAGUAUUAUACAUA